AUGGUUGAUCAGGAUAUUGCAAGCAGUCAGAGUACAGGUAUAAGCACAGGUACCUCUGGUAUGGCUGAGACGUUGAGUGAAGGAGAUUUAUUUGAAAGAUCAGAAAUUAAACGUAUUUUGGAUUCUGAUGUAGCUAUUAAUACUCUUCUAGCACGUUUAAAGCAAUCGCUAUUAACUUGUGAAGAAUUUACAAAAUAUAUAAAGAAGAAAUAUAUGUUUGAAGAAGAAAAUGUUGAGGAAUUAUCAAAGCAGUAUAAGCAUUUCUUUAGUUCAACUUCAGCAACUGCACCAAGCUUAAGACGCAGUAUUCAACAGAUUUUGCAAUUUGAUGGUAAAAUGGCGCAAGUUAAACAAAGCUAUAUUAGUGCAUUGGUUAAAAUGUAUGAAGAAUUAAGUGCUUUGUUAUUAACAAUGACCAAGAUGAGGAAAUCGAUUAAAGAAAAAGGUAGAAGACUUGAAAAAGAUGUUGUGGAUUCUAUUCAUAUCGCAGAAAAGGCUCAAGCUCGUUAUAAUUCUUUAUGUCAGGACUGGGAAAAAUUGAGGUUAACUGAUCCUACAAAGACAAAGUUAACGUUAAGAGGUUCUAAAACAACAAAGGAGCAGGAAGAAGAAUUACAAAGAAAAAUUGACGCUGCAGAUUUAGAGUAUAAGCAAAGAGUGGACCAUUCAACCUCAUUAAGAAAUAGUUUUUUAAAUUCUGAAAGACCAAAGAUAGUCUCAGAAUUAAGAGAUUUGAUCUUAGAAAUAGACACAGCUUUGACAAUUCAAUUACAAAAAUAUACUAUUUGGACAGAAAAUUUGGCUUUAAAUACAGGUGUCACUAUUUCACCUUUAGAAGAAUCAAAAUCAAUGAGAUCCAUCGCUGCAAAAGUUACUAAUGAAAGAGACCUGUAUGAUUAUUUGAAUAAAUAUAAUAAGCAAAGUAAAGAUUCGAUUUUAGUGAAUAGAAAUUUGAUCCCUGUGCCGUAUAAGAAACAUCCGUCUAUGGCAAAAGGUCAACUGAUCAAUCCAACAGGUUCAUUCACCGUUAAUAGUUCCAGAAAUACAAAUAAUUUUAAGAAUUCGACAACAUCAAAAUCAAUAAAUACAGAAGGUGGUUUUCACUCGAAUUCAUCUAGCACUUAUAAUUCUCCUGCAAAUUCAGUUAACAAUUUGGGCUCGACAAAAACAAGUUUAGCAAAUACUGCAAUUGCAUCAAGUAUGUCUGGUAUUGGUAUGAAUCUUUUAAGUCAUACUGAUAGCACAGGAAAUCAAUCACCUAUCGAUAAUUCAAGCAUGUUCAAACCUCCAAGUCUUAAUCCUGGUAAUGGGAUUGGGAAACCAGGUAGAAUACCAAGUUUGGCUACCACAUCUUCUGGUGUGUCAGGUGACUCUGGAAGACCACUAUCGCAUAUUCAAACAAACUCUUCGAUGCCUCCUGGAACUCAAAAGAAUUUCAAGACAUUUGGUGUACCACUAGAGAGUCUACUUGAAUUUGAACAAGAGAUGGUGCCAGCAAUUGUAAGGCAAUCGAUUUAUGUGAUUGAUACAUAUGGUUUAGAUUUGGAAGGUAUUUAUAGAAAAUCUGCAAAUAUUUUAGAAGUAAGCAAACUGAAAGAGGAGAUUGAUAGAGAUCCUUCUAAUAUUUCGAUGAUUCUCCCUCCUAAAGAUUAUACCGAAGCAGAUAUAUACGUAGUCGGUUCCUUACUGAAGGCAUUUUUUAGCGCUUUGCCAGAUCCAUUAAUACCCUCUAGCACAGUCCCAGAAUUAAAAAUAUGUCUAUCUAUUGAUGAUUAUAAUACAAGAAAAAAUUAUAUUCAUGGUUUAAUAUACAAGUUCCCAGAUGCACAAUAUUGGACACUAAGGUCAUUAAUGUUCCAUUUAAAGAGAGUUUCUGAACAUGAGUCUGAAAAUAGAAUGAAUAUAAAGGGAUUAUCUAUAAUUUGGGGACCUUGCAUUGUUCCACAAAACGAUGAGGAUAGCAACGACAUUAACUUCCAGAUUAAGAUAAUGGAAGUUUUAUUCGAUGUAGCAGAUCAAGCAUUUGAACCUGAGUGA